AACAAACACAUGCUAUAAUUCGUCAAUCGUCAUUUGUUUUCGUUCGCGCCAAGUGUGCGCGGAGUGUCGGUCUGAAUUCGUGUUCAAACUUGCCCAACUUGUUCACACGUUGAUCCGUGCCGCAGCGUUAACUGGUCCGAGGCCUGUACUAGUAAAUACAGUGUUAGUGAGGACAAAGGCGGAACCACUGGCGGUACGCGGUGUACGUGGAUGAAUCACGCUUAGGGUGGAUCGGUGGAUUCGUGCUUUUAUGCUCAUGCCACUCGGAGACUUUGGAGAGAACUUCUCUUCUGUGUUGUUUGUUUGGGAGAGACGUUGACCUCGCCGGUGUAGCCAAAACCAUAGCUUCCAGUGCUUCCACGAUGAACGAAAAACCGAUAUUACAUGGAAAAUGCUGCUGUGGACUCGAAUUUGAUUUGAGGAAAACCAACUGGCAUUUCCUGUCAGCUAAAUCAGGAGGCACCUUAGAAGAAUUGCACGCCAAGCUAAUUAAUGCAGAAGAGGCCACAUUCUUCGAAAACUACUUUAUGGGCUGCAAAUGCCCCCGAUGCCACACAAUUCUGUCCGUGCACAGCAUCUCAAAGCACAUCAGUAGCUCUCAUUGCAAGGGAGAAGGAUCACUGACCUUCAAUAAUUUUAUGAUCGAAAUUUACGACCGCUCUACCAAUGAAGUUGUCUCACUUGUGGAGGAGCAAAAUGAGUCGUCUUCUGAUGCUGAUACCAACACAAGCAGUUCAUCAUCAGCAGAAGAACCUGCUGAGAAAAAGUUGAAGUUGGACAACACAAAACCUGCUGAUGGAAAUGCAAAGCAUGAGGCCACAAAUUUAGUGUCAGUUUUGACAUCUAUGGGGUUUGAUGAAAAGGAUGCCCAGCUAGCUUCAAAAUACUGUAGUACUGCUGACGAGGCCCUUAAUUUCCUGAACAAGCAAUGCCCACUGUGCUUGGAUACAGUUUCAGCAGAUAAAAUGAUCUCAAUGCUGAGAUGUGUCCACAGCUGCUGCAUCACUUGUGCAAAAACUUACUUUACAACACAAAUUCGAGAGAAAUUCAUUAUGAGUAUGACAUGCAUGUUCUGCAAUGAGCCUGUUGAUUUGGGUAAAAGUGGAUCACAAGAUGACACCUUCAAAUACUUCUCGGAAAUCACUAUUUUUCUGAAGACUCUUCUUUCUGAAAACGUCUAUGAUCUAUUUGAGGAAAAAAUGAGAGACUUUGCCCUGAUGAAUGACAGCAAUUUUCUUUGGUGCAUUAAAGUCGAGUGUGGGUCUGGCUACAUUGCCAUUCCAAAUAAUCAAAAAACCACAUGUCCUCACUGCGGCACAGUCACUUGCAAAGUUUGCAGAAGACAAUGGUCCGAAGGACACGUCAACAAAGACUGUGACACCUUCGCCAAGGAUUUAAAGGAUGAAGACAAGCUAGCUGAUGACCAAAUACUUUUGGCUGAAAUAUUCCAGUGCCCCAACUGUGAAAGCCGAUUCUCUCUCAGCCAAGGAGGGUGCAUGCACCUCCAGUGCACGUUUUGCAAGCACGAUUUUUGCUCUGGUUGUGCUGAGCCCUUUUUGGUAGGGUCUCUUUGCAAAUUUGCAGCUAGGUGCCGUCUUCUCGGGUUGCACUGUCACCAUCAUCGCAACUGCAUGUAUUAUCUUAGAGACAAAAGUCCAGAGCAACUCGAACACCUUCUGCAGACCGAGAUGAUUGAUUUUGGUGUAGAUGAUUUGGAAUAUACUGACAGUGAGCAAAGCUUGGAAAGCAAGAAUUGUAAAAUCAGCUUGCAAAUGGACACGCCAUUGGGAUUAGUCGAAGGGCAAUGCAAAGAGCAAGUUGUUGAAGGAUAUGCAGGCUACUGCAUCAAACACUACGUCGAGUACUUAUGUGGCCUCAUAAAAAAACAUGAGCUUGAUCCAAGCAUCAUUUUGACGGUUGAAGAACUAGAGGCUACACUGGCCAGAUUCAGCAAAGAUCUACCGCCCCGAAAUCUUGGGCUGCCUGAAGACCAGUAUCGAACUGCUUUAAUUGAGGCUGUUUCCAGUCUGCCCUUGAAGCCGAGGCCUUAAGUUGACAAUGAAGCAGGUUCAGAUGAGGCCACCUUGUGACUUGUGAGUCAUCACUGCAACCCAACAGACUCUGUGGCCGAAAUGAAGAGAGUAGCAAUUUAGUAACCAUAACUCCCUGUCCUGGAACCCCUAUUUCCUUUCCUCAAGUCAUGGGGGUAGUAUAAUUUACUUUGGAUAUCCUUCCAACCAAAGCUGAACUAAUCAAAAACACAAAAUUUAUUAGUAGUGCGCAACCCCACAUAACAUAUAACUAAACUAAAAGUGGAAUUGAGUUGAGCCAUCGAAUAAAUAUAAACGUUUCUCAACAUUGUUAGGUAUAAUCUGUUAUCUUGGUGUGAUAUACUGUUGAUAUUGUAUGCUCGUCCCCUAUCUUGUAUUCACACCGAUUCAUUGGCGACACCUUGUGUGUACGAAUAAAUAAGUACAAUUAGCCGCUCAAGUUAUUUUGCCGACCCUCCCAAUAAGUUGGGCUGUAAUGUAAGGGCAGUAAGUCUUUCGGUUUUCAAGGGGUUCAUUUUAUGGGGAAGAGCCUUCCAGCCGUGGGUCAGAAUAACUAGAAGACUGUUGAAUCAAACAAUUAAUAAACCUGAGACAAAUAAUUGAACAGACAAAUAUAAAACUAGCACACUUGAAGCAAGACUGAAAGUGGUGUAGGCCUAGAGACUGGCUGUAGGAGCACAUCAUUCCGUCCGUAUAUUUGAAAAAAUAAAUAACCAAAUUGUUAAGGUAGAAAUGAUGCAACCUCCUAUAAGGUGUGCAAGCCGCUGUACACCGCUGUUUGGCGGGUUGCUGUCACUGAUAUUUUA